AUGGCGUCAUCGGGAGCCGGGACACGUUCCGACAAGCAGGUCUUCCACACGGACACGGGCGACAUUGUUCGUCUCGCGAGCACGUGGCGCGUCUAUAACCACCUCGCUGCCACGCGGCCUGACCUCGUGCGCACCCUGAGCGAGGGCUGGGAUGUUGAGAUCUUCACCAAGUCGGACAAGCCGUACUGGACACGCCCGCUGCUCUACCACCAGCCGGCCACGGCCUCGGCUCCCGAGCGCGUCGUCCUCCAGUACGCCCGCCGCUACUUUGUCGGGUUCGGCGCCCUGCCGCGGAGCCCGCACAUCCCCCCCAUCACCGAGGCCCAGGCCGAGGCUCUGGACGCGCUGCACUUCCUCGGCGACAAGUACAGCGUCGCCACGGACUUUGAAAAGGGCGACAUGCAGUACGUCAACAACCUCGCCGUCUUCCACGCGCGCGACGGCUUCACCGACACGCCCGAGAAGCAGCGCCACCUCGUGCGGCUGUGGCUGCGCGAUCCCGAAAAGGCCUGGGCGACGCCGGGCGACCUCCACGAGAGGUGGCGACAGCUGUAUGACGGCCUUGACCCUGACACGCAGGUCUUCCCGUUGGAACCCUACAUUCGCAGUGAAAGCAACAAGGGGCGAUAG